AUGUAUAUUCUUUCAAUCCCACUAAUAUGUGAUUUGGGAUUAAGUAAUUCUGCUACCGAAACUAAUGAUAAUGAAACCUAUGGAAUUAUUCCUUAUAUGGCCCCAGAGGUUCUUAAAGGGCAAAAGUAUACCAUGGCAACAGAUAUUUAUAGUUUUGGUAUGAUCAUGUGGGAGUAUAUGACAGGUAGAAGACCUUUUUGGGUUCGUGCUCAUGAUAUUGAGCUGAUUAUUGAUACAUGUGAUGGUUUACGUCCUCCAAUAGUUGAUAUAGUAGCAAUUGAAGGUUAUAUUGAGAUAAUGAAAGAAUGCUGGAACCCUGAUCCAAGUAAAAGGCCAACAGCUAAGAUCAUUCAGAUACAAGUUUCAAGAGAAAGUAUGUGA